UUCGAAAAGUAUGGCGGCGGAGUGUUUAACAACACUAACGGAGCAAUGGAUACGUGAGAGAUUACAAUUAAAACAUCCGUGCCUCGGUGAUGUCCGGUCACUGAGCCUUCCUGGGACUUAUGAGGAGAAGAUCAGACAUUUGGGAAACGCUCUGAAUAAUUUUGUUCGUCUGAAGUCUUUGGAUCUCUCUUACAAUGUGCUCGUCUCUGUGGAGGGAGUGCAACACCUGAAAAAGCUGGAGAGGCUGAUCCUCUACUAUAACUGCAUUCCUUCACUUGAAGAGGUGAAAGUGCUGUUUGAGCUUCCAGUUUUAAAAGAACUUGACCUCAGACUCAACCCUCUGACCAAAAGCUGCCCUCACUAUCGGCCUUAUUUGGUACAUGCCAUGCCCAACCUGAGAAAACUUGAUAGCUGCUCAGUCAGAGACAAUGAGCGUAAAGCAGCCAUGUUGCAGUUUUCUUUUGACCUUCCCCCUCAACAGAAGAGCUCCUCUCCGAAUCCAGCUGAAGAUCGAAGAAGCAGUGAUCACAGGUUGGCUUUGGUUGACCGCUUGACCAAGAGGCUUUCUCUCCCGACUGACUGUCAGGAUAUUGUAUUAAACUUUGUUGGAACAAAUCAUGGUGGCCAAAGUGAAACAAUUUCUGACUCUGCAAACAAGGAAGCAAAGGAAGCAAAAGAGGAAAGUUCAGAAGAUUUUACACAACAAAGAAGUUCAACUCCAAAACAGGAAUCUGCUAAAUCCAUCCUCAGGCAUACCCGUAAUACAAAUGCUAACACUGAGUCCAAAGGGCCGCAGAUGAAUGAACUGCCUUAUAAAGUAAGCUUUACCUCACCUAAAGGUGCUGAAAGACCAAAAGUGUCCUUUGACCCCUAUAUAGACAAGCAUCUACAUGUUUCUGGAAAACAAAAGCAAAAGGAACUCUCCAGACAUGCAGCCAAAGGGCAUUUUACUCCUAAUCCUGAUCAAAGUCAGCGUCAUGUCUCCUCAUUCAUUAAUAUCCGGCCUCCCAGUCCACUUCGUCCUGGUUUAAAUCUGUCUGAUCCCUCUGACCCCAUCUUACAUCCUGCGAGACUCAGCUACUCUAACUUCAACAAGACAGAAGGGGGCACUAGCUUACAGCCGCAAGCUGAAAAGAAAAAAAGGGGUAGUUAUAGGAAACCCCUUGAGAUGCUUCUCAACCUGGUGGACAAACACUGGAGAGGAGAGAGAUCACUGCAUCAUAACAACAACUUCCUCUCCCAGGCAGUCCAGAUCCUCUCGAUGAUGGAGAGUGAUAUUUCCAGUCGGGAGGCUGAGGUCAGGACCUUAAAGCAGAAUGUUGAUGCACUUAACUUUCAAGCUGUCGUACGAGAUAAUGAACACAAAACUGAAGUGCAAAACCUCUCUGCUCAGCUAGAGGAAGCUCACAGAGAAGCAGGCAAACUAAAUGAGCAGCUGAGGAUUGUCUUAGAAGAGAAUGUUGCUCUGCAGAAACAGCUCAUCAAGUUAGAGCGCCAGUAUCUCAAGUCUAUGAUGAAAAGUUCUCCAAUUACUCAGAUCAGAGAGGCUCAGACAGAAGUGGAGGAGCUGAAGAAAGAAAUUGAAGGGCUCAAGAAGGAAUUGCAAGAGGCUGAGAAAGUCCAGGAACUCUCAAAUAUGCUGCAAGAAAGCCACAGGUCCCUGGUGGCCACCAACGAGUGUUUGCUAGCUGAGCUGAAGGGAAGUGGAGAACAUUAAAGAUAAAUUUGAAUAAAGAAAUGUACACCGGGAUGAAAAAUCAAAGCAAAACUUUGCCAAGCAUCAUAUCAGCAUAUGGUCCAGCAAUGAAGUUUUGCUUAUUUAUAUCACUGCAGUAUACAUUUAAAUUUUGUGUAUGCCUUUUUGAGGAAGGGUUUCUUAUUUUAAAAUAGUAUGUACAGGCUGUCUAGCAAAUGUAAACAGUAGCAGGGAAAAGCCAUUCAUCCAAGGAACUUUGUAUAUAAGUGUGUGUCAGGGUUGUUAUGUUAAAUGAUUUUAGGGGGAAAAAUGAAAAGGUCAUAAUGUGUUUCCUGGAUCUGUAGCAAGAUUGUGUCUUUUUUUCUUUUUUUGUAGGUCAGUUGUGUCUCCAUCUGCUUUGUACACUGCAGUGGAAUGAAUGCAUCAAGAUUGCAGCUGCAGUGUGACUUUAUUUAUGUCUGCCUCGGGGCUCGAGAGCUGCUCUCACACAUGCACUUUCCUCUCUCAAAACCUGAUACAAGACUACCAGCUUAGAAAAUGUAUGCUACACAAACUGAAUGUAGUUUUUCCUUUUUCUCUGAAUGUUACAGGUCAGUGGGUGGUACUACUGCUACCAAGUAUUUAUUAAAAAAUAAGGCAUAAGAAUAUAGGUUGACUUCUGAUAUCUACUGAGCAGAGGUUCUGAGGUGUAUUUUCUUUUUUUUUUUAAUUUAUUUUCAAUAAUGCACUAUAAAUCAUGAACACGCUUUAAGAAGUCUUGAAACAACAACAAAAACCACUGCAUGCACUGGGGCAUAAUAAUACAUCAAAGGUUAUUUGAAAAAGAAGACGGUAUUGUUCCCCGACAUUAAAGGUGCACAGUAUUUGGCAUGAAGCACAGAAAAACAUACUUAAACUACUGCAGCAGACAAAAAUACACAAAGAACUGCUAGUUUUGCACUUACUGCAUGAUUCUUCAUCAGCUGAGGCUACAGGUAGUGUGUUGCACACAAAACUGUUAUCAUGGAAAAAUAUUCUACAAAAGUAUUAUUUGCAGAUCUCCCUUUAUCUGAUACAUUAUGUCAGUAAAUAUUAAAACCCUGCUUUGUUUUUUUUUUUAAGUAAGAUCUGUGCCGUAGAUGACAGUACCACACAUAAAAGGUACAAACAAAUAGGAUAGCAUUAGAGGAUAGCUCACUGUGUACAUGUACAAGUUGAUACAUAUUGAUUUCAAGCAAUACAAGAUUUUAUCAUGAUCCCACAGUUUCAUUACUAGAUACUUUUAGCAAGAAAAUUGUAAGUCUGUCCAGUAGUCUGUCCUCACAGCAGGCACAGUAGUUACGGAAAGAUGGACAAACUGUCAUCUAUAUGCCUCUGAAUCAAAUGCAAUACACAUCACAUGCACAAAGUACAGCAAUACAGAAGAACUCAAACAGGAAGCAAGUGUCUUAAAUUAAGCGACGUGGCUAAACUCUUUUAGAAUAUAUACACAAUCUUACCACAAAUAUAUUAGAACUACUGUGGAUAAAUCUGAUAAGGAAAUGAUGUAAGUAAAAUCUUAAAAAUACAAUCUUGUACAACUGUGUUUGUCUACUGUGCGAAGAGCUUCUGCUUUCAGCUAAAAUCACCAAUUACAGUAAUUACUGGAAAUGCUUAUUUUCCAUGACAUUUUGCUCUAUACAUAAGGUCCUAAAAAAGUCUUGAGGCCCAUUUAAAAUUUGCAUGGUCAGGCUUUAGUUGAUUAUUUUUCCUCUCUUU